AUGUCUUCCUCUACGGUCGUUAAAUGUCUCAAUGAACUAUUCGCCCUAUUUGGAUUUCCAGCGUACGUCCACACUGACAGGAGAACUUCGUAUAUGUCUACAGAGGUGCAGCAUUUCCUCCACGAGAGAGGAAUGGCAACCAGUAGAACGACCCCUUACAGUCCGAGAGGAAACGGACAAAUAGAGAAACUUAACGGGACUUUAUGGAAAGCCAUCACCUUGGCUCUACAUUCUAAGGAAUUGGACAUAGCUAAAUGGGAACUAGUACUAAAUGAUGCUCUGCAAUCCAUCCGGUCAUUACUAUGCACUGCAACUAACAGGACACCACAUGAACGACUUCUUGGGUUCAACCGAAGAAGUGGUUCCGGAACAUCCUUGCCAACAUGGUUGACCAGUCCUGGUCCUGUCCUGCUGAAGAAGAACGUUAGAUCAUCUAAAUAUGAUCCCAUAACAGAGGAAGUUGAUUUGGUAACAUGCAACCCUGUACGCUGUAAUCCGAACACCAAACGGUAG